CCGAAUUUAAUUGGAAGAAAAAACGUCAACCGUUUGCCACCUCACUCUUCACUUUCCUUUUCUUCUUCUCCUUCUCUCUCUCGACAGAUAUACAGUGCUGAAUUAUUUAAUCUUCAUAUAAAUAUACUAUAUUGUUAAAUUAUUUGUAUGAAUAAAUCAUAAUUUAGUUGAAGAAAAAUUCACAAUCUUUGAGAUUCUGGGUUUGUGAAGUCUCAGAAAACAAUUCUAAAAGUUCCAAUCUUUUUUUUCCACUGUCAGGAAUUGGUGCUAAUUGGUGUGAAUAAUGGCGACACUGAGUGAUAUAGGAGUAGCAGCAGCUAUAAAUAUAUUGAGUGCAGUUAUAUUUUUGUUGGCAUUUGCUAUACUUAGAAUUCAACCAGUGAAUGAUAGGGUUUAUUUUCCUAAAUGGUAUAUUAAAGGCUUAAGGAGUAGUCCUUUAGGAAGUGGGGCAUUUGUUGGAAAAUUAGUGAAUUUGGAUUUUAGAUCUUAUUUGAAGUUUCUGAAUUGGAUGCCUGCUGCUUUGCAAAUGCCUGAGCCUGAAUUGAUUCAUCAUGCUGGUUUAGACUCUGCUGUUUACUUGAGAAUUUACUUGAUCGGGCUGAAAAUCUUUGUUCCGAUUGCGUUUCUUGCAUUUACGAUCCUAGUGCCAGUUAAUUGGACGAACAACACCUUGAAGAAAUCUGAUUUGACUUAUAGUGAUUUGGAUAAGCUUUCUAUUUCAAACAUCCCAAUGGGAUCAAACAGAUUUUGGACCCAUUUGGUUAUGGCUUACGCCUUCUCGUUCUGGACAUGCUUUGUGUUGAAAAAGGAGUACGAAAUAGUGGCUUCAAUGAGGUUGCAUUUUCUCGCAACAGAUCAUCGACGCCCUGAUCAGUUUACAGUAUUGGUGAGAAAUGUACCGCCAGAUCCUGAUGAAUCAGUCGGUGAGCUAGUAGAACAUUUCUUUAUGGUCAAUCACCCCGAUCACUAUCUGACUCACCAGGUUGUUUACAAUGCUAACAAACUGUCUGAGUUGGUAAAUAAGAAGAAAAAGAUGCGAAAUUGGCUUGACUACUAUCAACUCAAAUACUCGAGAAAUCAAUCUAAGAAGCCUUUAGUGAAGACCGGUUUUCUUGGCCUUUGCGGAAACAGUGUGGAUGCAAUUGAUUAUUAUACAUCCGAGAUUGAGAAAUUAUCAGAAGAAAUUUCUUUGGAGAGAGAUAAGAUUAUGAGCAGCUCAAAAUCUAUUAUGCCAGCUUCGUUUGUUUCGUUCCAAACUCGAUGGGGAGCCGCUGUUUGUGCACAAACUCAACAAACAAGAAAUCCAACUCUAUGGCUAACUGAGUGGGCACCCGAACCCCGUGACAUAUACUGGGAUAACCUGGCAAUUCCGUAUGUUUCACUAGCAGUGAGACGGCUUAUUGUGGGAGUUGCAUUUUUCUUUCUCACGUUCUUCUUCAUGAUUCCCAUUGCAUUUGUCCAGUCCCUUGCCAACAUCGAAGGGAUCGAGAAAGCGCUACCUUUUCUUAAAUCCAUCAUUGAAAUGCAAGUAGUGAAGUCGUUUAUUCAAGGUUUCCUUCCCGGAAUUGCUUUGAAGAUAUUUCUUAUAUUUCUCCCUUCAAUUUUGAUGCUAAUGUCAAAAUUUGAAGGAUUCAUUAGCCUGUCAGGGCUGGAGAGAAGAUCUGCCACUAGAUACUAUAUUUUCCAAUUUAUAAAUGUCUUUCUCGGAAGCAUAAUCACAGGAACCGCUUUUCAACAGCUAAACAAUUUUAUCCACCAAUCCGCAAAUGACAUACCGAAGACAAUCGGUGUCUCUAUUCCGAUGAAAGCAACUUUCUUCAUAACUUACAUUAUGGUUGAUGGGUGGGCCGGAGUUGCUGGAGAAAUAUUAAGAUUGAGACCUUUGAUCAUUUACCACUUGAAGAACACUUUCUUGGUGAAGACUGAGAAGGAUAGAGAAGAGGCUAUGGAUCCAGGAACCAUUGGUUUCAAUACGGGAGAACCACAAAUACAACUUUAUUUCUUACUUGGUCUUGUUUACUGUGUGGUUUCUCCCAUCUUGCUUCCUUUUAUUAUCGUAUUCUUCGCCCUUGCUUAUAUCGUAUAUCGUCAUCAGAUUAUAAAUGUUUACAAUCAGGAGUACGAGAGUGCUGCAGCAUUCUGGCCCGAUGUCCAUGGACGUAUCGUAACGGCAUUAGUUGUGUCACAGUUGCUAUUGAUGGGGUUGUUAAGUACGAAAGAAGCAUCUCAGUCAACUCCAUUGCUCAUCACACUUCCAAUUCUUACAAUAUGGUUCCAUUUUUUCUGCAAAGGCCGUUACGAGCCUGCCUUUAUUAGAUAUCCUCUGCAGGAGGCGAUGAUGAAAGACACAUUAGAGCGCGCAAGAGAGCCGAAUCUGAACUUAAAAAGCUUCCUUCAGAAUGCUUAUAUCCGCCCGGUUUUCAAAGGCGGGGAUGAUAGUGAUAGCGAAGAAGCUGCAGAUGAGCCUGCGUUGGUUCAAACAAAGCGAAAAAAUACACCGGCGGCUAGUAGUAAACGUAGCGGUUCAUUGUCAUCCUUACUGCCAGAGGAUCACCAACAAUCAUAGAUUCAGAAACUUUUUGUUAAAUCUCUCGGUUGAACUCAAUCUGUAAAUGAUGGAGAUGAGAGUGAGCAGUAGAUAUAGAUUUAAUUUUGGAAUAAAGCUGGUUAGAUCAACUAAAUUAUUCUUUUUUCAUGAACAGAAAUGUAAAUGGGAGCACUGAUUAUAUAUAUAUAUAUAUAAAGUUUUGGUGCAA